AUGCAUCGCACUACUGGAUCCAGUGGACUUUAUGUUGUGAAUAACAUCAUGGGACCUUACGAUAGCUUCCAGGAUUUUUCUCUACCCAAGGCAGGAACCAUGAUCCAGUCUAACGUGGUGCAACACAGACUCCCACAAAGAACAGUGCUGGGUGUGAUCAGUGACAACGAACAGCACAGAAGGUCUCUUGGCCAGGGUGCAGCCAAUGCAAAAUAUGCUCCUGGUGUUGAAAAUGAAUUUCCAGGCAAGAUGUCUUCUGCACUUGUACCUCCCAAGCCAUGCUUUGCAAUAUACAUUGAUGAGCCAGAAGCUAAAGAGACUCCUUCAUUUGAUGUGGAGUUUCCAAGCUUAGAUGAAUCGGAAGCAAAUUUGGUGAAACAGAAGUUCCACCUAUUGCUUGACAUCAGUGCUGCCUCGCCAAUGAUGGUGGACACCUCCUUCAAUGCUCACCCUGAUGAGUGUUCUGAAAAAGAUCCUGAUGCUAUAGCGGUUUCAGAAUACAUUGAUGAGAUACACCAGUAUCUACGUGAGGCUGAGGUUAAGCACAGGCCAAAGGCUCUCUACAUGAGAAAGCAACCAGACAUAACUCCAGCUAUGCGCACGAUUUUGGUGGACUGGCUUGUAGAAGUUGCAGAAGAAUACAAGCUACGUAAUGAAACUCUCUACCUUGCCAUAAAUUACCUGGACAGGUUCCUGUCCUGCAUGUCUGUACUCCGUGGAAAGCUACAGCUUGUAGGGACAGCAGCUAUUCUCCUGGCAUCCAAAUACGAAGAGAUCUACCCACCUGAUGUUGAUGAGUUUGUGUACAUCACAGAUGACACAUACACAAAAAAGCAGCUGCUACGUAUGGAACACCUGUUGCUGAAAGUGCUGGCAUUUGAUCUGACUGUCCCAACAACCAACCAGUUCCUUCUACAAUAUCAGCACAGGCAUCUCGUUUGUACAAAGACUGAGCAUCUGGCAAUGUACUUUGCAGAGCUCAGCCUCCUUGAGGUGGAACCAUUCCUGAGAUACGCCCCUUCACUGACCGCAGCGGCAGCUUACUGCCUUGCCAACUACACUGUUAACAAGACUUUCUGGCCUGAUACACUUUCAGCCUUCACUGGCUACACACUAAGUGACAUAGUACCAUGCCUUGGAGACUUGCACCGAGCAUGUCUUAAUGCUCCCCAUCAAGCACAGCAAGCAAUAAGGGAGAAGUACAGGUCACCCAAGUACAUGCAAGUAUCCCUCAUUGAACCUCCAGUACACCUUCCUCUGAAAUGAAUACCUUGCCAAAAAUAAUGGCGCUGUGUAGCACUUACCUCAAGAUCAACAGUGUUGGUCUGAAAUCAUGACACUGCAGGCCAAGUGUCUUAAGACUUUUUUAAUUUUAGACUAAUGUUAUCCAUGAAUUUAUUUUAUACUAAUACACUAACCUAGCAUCUCAAUUUUUUUACUACAUACAAUUUUAAUCCCUGGGUCACUAAGAUUGCUUAUGCAGGAAACCCAUCU